AUGACGCCCCCUGGAGUGGUGUCUUUGGGCAGCACAUUUGUGCCUCAAACAGCUGCUGCGGCAACACCUAAGCCAGCGGUUGCGACACCACGGACACCAGUCGUUGUGACAACACCCACACCAGCAGCUCAGGCACCACCGACACCAAUGAGCGCGCCAUCGACAACUACUGCAGUCCCCACAACACUCACUGCCGGCCAAACAACGACACCACGCCGCACAACUCAGGCACCACUGCCGAAAGGAUCUCUGCUGUGCACACUACAGGCUGGUUUCAAGAGGUCGACGUACAUGUUUCCCCCCGACGGACUCUGCACCAUAAUCACGUUCGACUCGGUGUACAAGAGUGGUUACACAUUGGCACCACCCUACAAGGAAGACUUCCAGUACUUCCUAGAUACGUCUAUGCAGGCCAAGCACUCUGAAUUUGGAAUCGGUAUCGAGCAGGAGUAA